CUGUGCUGCGCCAUGACCCCGCGUGUGUGGCUGACCCCUGGGUGACCCCUGACCUGCCGUGACCUGGUGAGUGGCGGGGAGACAAGGAAACACCGGCUACCCACCUGACCUGAAACACCUGUAAUGUCACCUACCUGCGUGCCAUUGUACAGGUUAAUUAAAGACCGUAAUGGAAGAAGGAAACAGAGAGGACUGAAGAUAAAGGAAGGAAGAAGGGAGAAGAAGAAGGAAAGAAAGAAAGAAAGAAAAGAAAAAAAGAAUAUGUGUUUGUGAGAAAAUAGUGAAGACUACUACUACUACUACUACUACUACUACUACUACCAACAUAUCGUGAACAUGCGCCGCGCCGCACACUCGCCGAUGGAGGGGUCGCUGCCCCCCCUGCUGGGCCCCGCCUUGCUCCCCGCCGCGCGUGACGCCCCCAGCUGGUCGUCGCUGCGCGCCAAGAUCCUGUCCUUCACGCGGGGCCGCAGCAAGAGUCCCGCCGCGGCGCCGGACACGGGGGGCAGCCGCUCCCCCUCGAUGCCGCGCCUGCCCUCGCUGCGCUCCCCCACGCCCCGCAGCCCCACGGCGCGCAGCCCCCGUAGCCCCACCAGCCGCUCCCCCCUGGGCCCCUCCCCCUGCCGCUCACCCACCAACAAGUCGCCCCCCUCAAAGUCCCCCACCUCCAGGUUCGCCCCCCCCGGCGUUCUGUCCCGCGGCGCCCUGCCCCGCCCCGCCCCCAGGGAGGUCUCGUCCCCCGCCUCCGAGCAGCCCGAGGGCCUGGCGGGGCGCCGCGCCCUCAUGCGGCGCUGCCUCAAGAAGGCCUUCAGCCUCAACCUUGAGGGCGGCCUGACCAGCGGCGGCGGCGGCGAGGUGGGCGGGGGCGGGGGCGGCGGCGGGGGCGGCGCGGGGGGCCGCAAGGUGCAGCUGAAGGUGCGCGGAUCGCCGGGGGAGCAGGUGGUGGAGCUGACGCAGCUGGACGAGGACGACGACGAGACCGCGGCGGCCAUGGCGGCGGCGGUGGGGGCGCGGCGCGCCCGGAAGUAUUCGUACCAGGGCAACGACUCCACGCCGGGCAGCCCCGUGGAGGCCACCACGCCCAAGCGGCACUCCUUCAGCAGCGGCGGCGGCGAGGGCGAGGGCCGCGCCGGCAUCAUUGUCACCAGCAGCGAGCUUGCGGGGCUACUGGGCCCCCGCAGACACCUCUCGCCCCCCGGGACGGCGCCCCCCAAGGACAAGUCGCCCACGCCGCCGUCCUCCGCCGUGCCGCGACGGGGCCGGUCCCAGAGCAUCGCGGCGUGCUGGGACCAGCAGGGGCAGGGCGGCGCGGGGGCGGGGGGCGGCGGCCCCCAGGCGCCCAUCACCAUCCGCCGCACGGACUGUGACUACGAGGCCGCCGCGCCGCGCUCCGCCCCGCUGGAGGCGCCGCGCGAGGAGGAGGGCGAGGAGGAGGCGUGGGACGGCGCGGCGGGCCUGGCGCUGGACCCCGGCCUGCUGGGCUCCGCCAUCGAGCACUUCCUGAAGGCGGCGCACGGCGAGGACCCCGAGGCGCUGGCCCCCACGGCGGCGGCGGCGGUGGCAGCGCCGGCGGGCCUGCAGGUCAAGUGACGGCCGACCCGGCCCAGCCAGUACCAGGUGACGGCCGUGCCACUGCGGGACCGCGACGCGGCCAGCCCCGCCUCGGGCCGCUCCUCGGCGGGCAGCGACCACCCCCACGCCGCCGCCCCGCUCUCCCGCCGAUCCUCCGCC